CAAUGAGUAUGUUUCAAUACUACGGAAGACCUUGAGUCGAGACCAAGUUGACCUAUUGAAACAAACCCAUCCCGACAACACCGAAGGCUUCGUUCAACGUAUCGAGACCCUCACCAAUAUGUUGACACCAGAGAUAAAUGAUAAGGACGGUAUUAUCGUCGAAGCUUACCAAUUACGAGUAUCGUACAGCCCCGCUGAGUUCGAAAAUAUCCUACCCGGGAGACCAUCGUUUGGAAGGAAGAUUCGCGAGAAUAUCUACCUCCUUGCCCGGUUUCAUGGAGCUCUAUUGACUUUUCUUCGAGCCGCCGAGAGAAUUGAGGGGUUCGAUAAACUACAGUUGCGAUGGGUUGAACUAUCAUCCCUCACUAAAACAAUGUGCCCGAAAAAGAAACCGUCUAGCAUGCAUGCCUUGACCGUGGGACAAGCAUUCAAGUCCCUUGGUUUACCGUUCACUGACGAGCAAACAAAGAAAACAAUGCAUUCAUUAAGUUCAAGAGACAGACUAGUAACCAGAUUCAACAAACUUAGAGCGGCCGAUAAUAAUAUUCACGCCGAGAUACAGCUUAUUCUGGACCUGCUCCGGAGAGGGAUCCCGUUCAGCGAAGUAUUCAAGUACAUAGGGUGUAGUAAACGAAAUUGUCUCCUAUGUUCCAAGUUCAUUGAUUCGGUCGGAUCAUUUAUCAGCCGAGGAUGCCAUGGAAAGGUUUACGAACUAUGGACGCUACCUGACCUCGGCGGACUAAGUGAAAGCCAUAUGGAUCUUAUAUCGUCUACAGUCAAGAAGAUCGAAAAGUCUUGUCGCAAGAUCCUUCUAGAAUAUGGUGAGGAUCCUCGACCUCAUAUCAAAGAAUCAACCAUUGGGGGAUCUUCGAUUGCCACUGUUACACCAUACAGAGACAAUCCGCGUGUCGCUGGUAUGAUAGCGAACCAUUUACGUGCCAAUAGAGAAUACAUGAACGUGGGAUCGUCAUCUAAGAGAUCGGCAUCGCCAGAACACGCACCCUUCUCUGAUGAAGGACCACCCGAGUUUGAGUCGUUAGGAACACAUGAGACUGAAGGCGACUGCCAAAUAUGCUACACGAGAACUUCGAGACGCUGUACGCUCUGUAAUCGUGGCUGGUAUUGCAGCUCGCUAUGCCAAAGUCAAAUGGGGAUUCACCACAUCUUUUAUUGUAACGCUAGGCCAAUCAAUACGGCAGACUAUUUAUAUCGAGAUUGUCUUGCCGAUAGGCUUCCGGAGGACCCCGAGGUUCUGGAAGAGUUUGGUUUCAAUCGCUGCAAAACCAUGUAUGAGAGGACACAUCUUUUUGGUCUUUAUAUCGGUUUAUUCAUUCAUUUGGAUGUCCCGAGUGAACGAGUUGAUGCCUGGCGUAGAGACAAAUCGCUCCUUCAAAAUAUCGCGCGGGAAUACGAGAAGAUACCCGAGACAUCACGUGGAAAAUAUUUCCCCUGGGUCCUUCGCAAUAAGCACAUACUCGACCAAAACGUCAGCACAACUAAAGAAGAGUCCUCUGCUUCCGCUUACCUUGAUAGGGUUUUCCAGGUGGCUGCGCCGCGUCUAGACGGGGAAGAUGCCGGGAAAACCAUAGAGCAAUUAGAACCGUUCGACAAGCGACGAUGCUUCGUGUUUUUUGCAUUUUCCAUGGACAGUACUAGCCCUUCACCACUUGAUAGUACUCUAGAUAUGUGGUAUGAUUUUGGAUUCCCGGCCUGUAUCAAGCCAAAUCGAGACCUAAGCCUCGAGGGUAUCAAACACGCGGAAGGCAGGCUGGGUAGCCUCUAUAACACGUUAUUAUGGGGUUACAGAUAACGGGUAGAGUACUGCAAGAGUCUAGGUAUCCCGUAUGACGGCCCUCCUGAUCCGCGCAUGUGUACUUUCAGCAAGUUCUGGAGGGCUUGGAGCUCCUUGACGCUACCUUCUCUCUUCGACAGCUAUGGAUAUGGCAAUGAAAUUGACCGAGAUUGGCCU